GAAACAUUGGCCUUGCUCAUUAGCCCAAAGAGAGAAGACCCUCCUUUUGAGGAAGAUGAUACAUACCUGCUAGUCAAAUGCAGUGCAGUGAUUUUAAUAUUGAUAACAAAAAAGCUAAAUUAUAGCAACCUUCUUUGCUGGAAGCCGAUGAUUUGGAAAGUGAGAUGCUGCAACUGGGAGAGGAAAGAAUGAGCCAGACAGAGGUCGACGUGUGUGGGCCAAAGGACCAACGCUCAAGUCCGUGCGGGAAUUUGCUAGACAGGGGUGAAAAAGAGGUUGAAGAGGAAGAGGAUCAAGAGGAAGAGCUGGGAGGGGAAGACUGUGUGAUCCUCAAUGAGGACUACGACACAGACUUGGAGCUCCGAGAUAAGGAGGAGGCGUAUGAUCCGACGGGCUACAUGAAGGCGUGCGAAGCGUUACAGGUGGUGCCUGCCUAUAACUUCCUGAGGAACAUGCACAAUAGCGAGCUAUCCAUGAUGCAUCGCUGUCUGGGGCCUCAGGGCACCAAAGCACUGGCAGUUCCCCUGGUAACCAACACUUCAAUACUGAGGCUGAACCUGCGAGAUAAUUGGAUGGAAGGAAUGGGCGGAGCUGCUAUCGCCGAGAUGUUAAAGGAAAAUUGUUACAUUACAGAGGUGGACCUCUCCGACAACAGCCUUGGGGAUCAUGGGGCCGGAGCCAUAGCUAGUAUGCUAAAGGAGAACAGCACCCUGGUGAACCUCAAUCUGUCAGGAAACCAUUUCACAGACCGGUCCGUUGAACACCUCGGCCCAGCUCUGAUCACCAACUCUCGGCUGCAGCACCUCGACCUCAGCCACAACGCUCUGGGAGAGCAAGCAGGGCAGAGCCUGGGACACGCUCUGUCAGAGAACACUGGGUUGAGAUCACUAAGUCUGGCCUGGAACUGCAUCCGAGGGAGAGAAGCUGCGAUAUUGGCUAAUGGCCUAGGGGGAAACAUUUGCCUAAGGACAGUGGAUCUGUCAUUCAAUGGCCUUGGUAAAGAAGGAGCCAGUGCUUUAGGAAAGGCUCUGAAAGAAAACACCGUUCUGGAGGAGUUGAAUGUGAGUAAUAACCGAAUACCCCCUGAAGGAGCUAUCCACCUAGCCAUGGGCCUGAAAGUAAACAAGACCAUCAAAUCCCUGAAUAUGGGUAGGAACCCCAUCCAGAAUGCUGGGUGCUUUACCAUCCUCAAGUCUGUACAAGAAAACCCAGAUUCAGCCAUGGAAGCAAUAUACUUCUCGGACAUCACGGUGAACCAGGAUUUUGAAGAUUUGUAUAGGGCAGUGAAAGAAAUAUUCCCUGCGCUUACAGUUAAUCAUGGGGGCAGAAUUGGCACAUUCAGAAAAGCAAAAGCUUGAAAAGUGUUACUGUAAUUGCUUACAUUUUAUGCCAGAAAAGAUGGAAUAAGUCUUGUCAAAGCACUGUAUAAGUUUUCAUCGACAAAUGAACCAAAGGAUGGAUGCAUGCAAGGAUAUCAUUAAAAAAACAUGUCAAUUCAAAAAAUAUAUUCCACUAAAUGAAAGGUUUUUGUGUGAAAUAAACUACCAGAUUAAUACCAGAUAAUCUAACGUAAAUAUAAUUAAGCGACUGUUUCUUUGUUUUCAAAAUGUUGAGUACCGCAUGUGUGUGUGCUUAAAAUAUGGUGUUGUUAAAUAUAUACAGGUAUUGAGUAUGAUUCUUUUUAGGUAUGAUCUGAUUUGAUGUUAUAUAAUGUCAGUGGGUAGAAUGAUAGAGAGGAUCAGAGAGCACCCCAUUGUGUAUGAAAAGAAGUGAAAGUGGGUUGCACAAAAAGGAUAUAAGUACUGCAUGACUAGUCUAAUAGAGAAACCAGCUUUGAAAGAAUGAUCCACUGUUAGAUAAGAGGCUUGUUUACUGCAGCAGAACAACUCCAACAGGGUUAGAUACAGGUUGUCUUAUUUAAAUCCAGGGAUAAAAAGGUGCUAAACAUUUAUACUUACAGUAGCGGCUACAGUAUAUAUACUUAAUGUUCUUUGCUUGAGUUUUAUAUUUUCUGCACUGACAUGCCCCAUAGUAAUUAUUUUGUUAAAGGUUGUAGUUCUUGUUUCUUUGUCUGUAGUUGCUUUUCAGGGAAAGGUUUUAAGGUAGCCUAUCUGGAUUUUGUUUUUGACAAAAACAGCAAAUGUAGCUACCAGCUACAACCUUUCAGAUUGUACAUUUAGUCAUUUAAUUUAAAUCUUUGAAUGGUUUCAUCCCCCAUACAGUAGGCUGUUUGGACUUACAAUAAUGUAUUUGGUAAUAUAAUGUAGGCCUAUGCUUUAUUUUUUAGG